AUGACUGUGGUCCGAGUAACCACUGACCUCAACAUCAAAUUCUCGAUUGAUCAAGUGUGUAACCAAUCUACAGUGUGGAGGUUUGAGGCCAAUGGGCAAGAGCCAGGGCCAUAUUUCGUGACACUUGGUGGAGUUGAAGGAAACCCUGGUCGUGAAACCAUAACCAACUGGUUUGCAAUUGAGAAAUUUGAAGAUGCCUACAAAAUUCAAUACUGUCCAAAUGUGUGUGAUACUUGUAGGGUUAUCUGUGGGGACAUUGGUGUUGUUGUUGACGAUGGAAGAAGACGUUUGGCUCUGAUUGAUCAACCAUUCAAGGUCAUCUUUAAGAAGGCCUAG